AUUGCUGGGAAGAAGAGUGGAACACGUGCAGUCCAGUGCAACUCCAAUUUUUACAAAUCACGAACUCUCUCAAGUCCCAUCAAGUCCCCAGAGAAUCAGAGAUCCAAACAGCCUUUUCUUCUCAUUUAUUUUAUUUUAUCAGCUUCAAGUUUUCAACCAUUCCCUUCCUUUCCAUUCCAUUCCACGGUUCAGUGCUCCUUUUUUUUGCUCUGUUUCUACGCCAAUUGCAAAACCCUAACGUGCUCCGAAUUCUCACCCUUGCCGCGCUGCGCCGCAAAGCUUGAAGCCAACAACCAUCAAUUUACUGAUAAUCCGUAUCAAAGCCCUUUUGAAACUUUGGAAUUUGACCUCUUCUUUUUGUGUGUGUUUUUCAAUAAAUUUAUAUCGGAAUGAAAGAAGGGAAAUCGGUCAAAUUCAAUGUUCAACCGCAACACCAGAACGGUCACUUGUCACCGUUCAAAUUCGCCAAGUUGUUGGAUCCGGAAGCCUCCUGGGACAAGGAUCAAUUGGGAGACGUAUUACAUUGGAUUCGACAAGUGGUGGCCCUUAUUUGUGGGCUACUAUGGGGUGCUGUACCUUUAGUUGGGGGUAUAUGGCUGGUCAUGAUACAGCUCAGGCAUUCUGUGUUGGAGAAGCUUCACAUUACAAGAGUUGACCUCUUACAUUAUGUGAACAUUCAGCGACAUUUCUUUAUUUUGCCCCACUCAGGGCAAAAGAUCUGUUGGAGACACUUGUUGUUCCCUUUUUUCUGAUCAGUCACUUGUUGUUCACUUUUAAAGGUGGAGGUUGCAAUGUUUAGCACAUAGUCAUAUGAAUUGCGUCUUUAGAUACAACCAUUCAUUAAUUUUGAUCUAAGCAAAGUUUCACAGGCAAAGAGAAACUUCUAUAUUCUGUAAGCUUUUAUGAAUUUUGUGUUGGUGGUGUUGGAUGGAUAUUUAGAGGUUAAAAAAUUAUCUCAAACAUAAUAAUGUAUGUAUCAUAAACAACAUUAACUAGGGAUUAGUCGGGAUGCUGUUCCCGGACACCCGGUGCCAAUAAAAAAAAAGGUAUGUAUGAUAUAACAGAAGACUUGUAGUUAAAACUGCACUUUUCAGUAGAUGGAUGUAUAGAAUUGGGAAUAAUUGAAGUUUGUUGUCAACUUGGCACAUAUAGGAUUUAUGUGAACUUUGUAUGCAUAAAGCUAUCUUGGUGUACCCAUUCAAGCAAAGGCUUUUAGGAAUCUUGAAACUGAAUCAAUAAUGUCCUAACCAGAUUGUGUGCUUGAGGUAUGGAUUUAUAGUAAAUGAUUGCCUGUUUCCGUUGUGGAAUGAGUGGUUUCCCUACACAUUAGCUGCUUGGCUUCCAUGGACUUGAUCAUCUGCAUGAGUGGGUUGGGAUACUACUCUUGUUAAGAAGUUUACUCACUGUUCUGCCAAGCUACACUCUUUCCCCAUUUUCACGCCAUCAUUGCAGUGGAGACAGAAUGGUUU